AUUAGCGAUAUGGAUUAUCACCGCUCUGGCGGUGACACUAGCGACGCAUGUCAUCUAAAUCGUAAGACAUCAUAGUUGGAGUGACUGCAAAAACAGUAUUUCCUGAUUCUUCGCAGUUUUGCUGAGUCUUUCGCACACGUUCAUGGAUGACCGAUAAUGCCUUUUAUGUCGAGUAGUUCCAAGCGGCAAAAGUGCGACCGAACUAAAGCAUCACAGCACCAUUCAAGCAGCCAAUUCAAGGGUAGCACAACCGAGACAACUUCCAUACCUCUUGUGACGGAGAUUUGCGGAUCUUCAAACCAAUCCUCAAGCAACCAAGCCGCGUAUGAAACAUCGGGUCUAUUGGAUGGUGAAUCCAUGCCAACUGCUAUAGCUCUCCAGAUCAGAUCCGCAGAUAGUAUGCCCGAGACCGAUCCAACUUUGAAAGAUAUCUCCCAUUCAAAUUUUCAUUCCGAAGAAACAGAUCUAUUAGGAGUUAUUUAUUCGCUCAAUGGGCAUUCCACGGCCUUAAUAGAGGACUGGAGCAGAAUCCAGAAUCCCAGAACGCCAGACCACAUGGAACAACCACAAGUAGAAUCAUCACCACCUCCAGGGUAUGAUAGCGAUUCAGUGUGCAGCAUAGUGCAGCGUGAAUGCCCAAAGACGCCUGGUUCAGACGAGGAAGGAAUGGACGACAACACGGCGAUAGAUUUUGAUUUAAACCUUACCCCUUCUGCUCCCUUUCCACACCUAGAUUUCCUCUUUGUCAACUCUAUGGAUAGUAGCGCAAGAUCGAGCUUUGAUUUUAGCCCGGAGCUGGACUUUGACUUGGAAACAACCAUGGAAAACUUACCUGUCGACCAUUGGAAUCUCCCAUAUCCUCCAGUUGUGCCUACGGAUUCCACUACUAUGAAUAAUUCCCACAGGGGAGAAGUACGGCUAAAAUCGACAGGGGUUGGUCCGGGGCUUGGACCAGACAUGAUACCUAGCUGUCUCUACGACCGACCACACGACCUCAGUCCGCCCACUUCAGACUUCGAGGUCAAUCCUGAAUGGGUUACAAAACAGCCCAUAGCUCUGUCGUCGCUAUCAUCAAAGCCUUUCCAGAAGGGUAAUCGGAAGAGACCACUUGAAACGGAAGGGAGAGACAGAAAAGUUGACCCCUACUAUUCAUUGAAAUGUGGACAGUCAAUUCGGAGAGUUAUUGCAGAAAGAUCGCUUGCGUGCCCUUUCCAUAAAAAGGAUCAGCAGCGUUAUCGUGCUUGUGGCAAAUACACUUUGCGCCGAAUCAAAGACGUAAAGCAGCAUAUAUAUAGGCUUCACUGCAGACCUGAAAUAUACUGUUCUCUCUGCUUCGAGAACUUCAAGUCUUCCGACGAACGAGACUGCCAUACCCGCGAAGGGAAAUGUACGAAGAAGGCAGUGCCGAAUUCUGAUGGUACCAUAUCAGAGGGCCAAAAGAGGAAGCUGAAAGAUUGCGGAAGCCGUGGGAUGAGCAAACAGCAACAAUGGAUGAAGUUGUGGGAGGUGAUAUUCCCUGGGGUUAAACACCCCAGAUCCCCUUAUGCUGAGAAUGAUCAAGCGGCAAUGUUGUCUCGCAUACGAGAUUGUUGGGAUGACAACGCUGGAGAGUUUAUUGCAGGGUUUCUCCACGAUCACGACUGGGAGGCCCUUACCCCAACCCAUAUAAGCCAAAUUAUUGGUGGCUUCUUGGAUUACAUUGAGACAACGAUGGCCUAUCCUAAUAACAAUGCAGACGGGGAAAGGGCCACUGUACCUCGGCGAUCGAUGGACCCUAGGGACUCUAGCGAAGAGAUGGCACUGAUACCAUGGGAACAAGAUCCGCAAUUGGAAACAGAGUUCAUUGGUUCGACAACGGCAAAUUCGCCUGACACUCCUUUUCUGUUGCAAGGUGACUAGCUGGGCUAGAAAAUGAGUUAGGUCACAAGGGGAGUUUCGUGUGGAUCCUCUUUCAUCUCCCUAUGUUUAUGGCAGGAAUUUUCAGAUUUGGUGUUCCUACAAUAAGAUUUAUGAGCACAUUUUAGAUCGAUUUUGGCUUCAGGCACAAGGCUUAUAAUACCAUGUGAAGCGUGCUGCUAUCUGUAAAAAGCCCCGCCGUGGGGUGGGAGGGUACCAUUCAAGAACUUGCAGUUCAUCGAGAGUACAAGGUAAUGGGUGACCCUAAUUAAAUAUACUGAAGUAUAAGGCUUGAUAAACUAAGAUAGAUGAGUACAAAUCGUAGUGUAUAGGUCACACAUGAUACACAAUCUCUCCUUUCAAUAGAGAUUAUAGAAC